CCCCAUGUGCUGGAUGGUUGGAUGGAUGGAUGGACUGUGUGACUGGAACCGUAUGGGAUUUUUUUUCUUUUUCAGUCACACACUCACAAUCAUCAUCAUCAUCACUGUCGUCGUCAUCACCACCAUCACCACCACCACCUUCAUCACCACCUUCACCAGCAGCAGCAGCAGCAGCAGCAACAAAAGCAGCCAGGGCAGCGCUGACGCACACCACCCUCCUGUCUCUAAACACAUGAUGGAAAUCUGCGACUGGAGGCGGAAAACCCCGGGAUGCUCCACGGGCUCCAUCUGAUUCCCGAUGACUUCCAUCUUCACAUGUUCCAUGUUCCAUGUGAGAUGCAGAGCAGAAGGAGACUUGUGAGCGGAGAUACUGCUGCAGGGUGCCGCAUUGCCUGGCACUACCGGUGCGAUAGUGUAGUGUAGUCUAAAUUAAUGGAGGCUUUUAAUGGUGAUCGCUAAUUUUUUACAUCUUUUAUGUGGGUUGAUGUGGAUGAUCGAAGGGCUUUUUGUCUGAAGUCGGAUACUGAUCCACAUCCUUUAGGCUACAUAUGCGUUUUGAUCCACGAUCGAUAAAAUGACCGGAUGAAUGUACAGCAUUGCUUUUAUCUAUUUUUUUUUUCCUUUUAACCCACAAAGGCAUCGUUUUUACGCGUGAAAGUCAGAUUUGGGAGAAAUAACCUACACGAAGUGUGUGUGUGCGUGCGUGUGUGUGCGCGUGCGUGUGUGCGUGUGUGUGUGUGGGAUCUCAGGACAGGAUCUAAAGUGGUGUUUUAUUCAGGACGCAGCCACAUAUUGUCGGAUAUCACUUGUUUUUCCUGCGUGUCGGUAAGUGUGCUGGCGCGAUGACUCAUUUACAGGCGGGUCUGUCCGCCGAGACGCUGGAGAAGGCCAAGGCAGAGCUGAAGGAGAACCCUGACACCUUGCACCAGGACAUCCAGGAGGUGCGGGACAUGAUCAUUACGCGGCCCGACAUCGGCUUCUUGCGCACGGACGACGCCUUUAUUCUGCGCUUCCUGCGCGCCCGCAAGUUCAACCACUUCGAGGCGUUCCGUCUGCUCGCCCAGUACUUCGAGUACCGGCAGCAGAACCUGGACAUGUUCAAGAACCUGAAGGCCACAGAGCCUGGCAUCAAACAAGCCCUCAAGGAUGGUUUCCCUGGGGUGCUGUCUAACCUGGACCGACACGGCAGGAAGAUCCUGGUCCUGUUUGCUGCCAACUGGGAUCAGAGCAGGUACACCUUUGUGGAUAUCCUGCGAGCCAUUUUGUUGUCGCUGGAGGCCAUGAUUGAAGACCCAGAGCUCCAAGUUAAUGGAUUUGUGUUGAUCAUCGACUGGAGUAAUUUCACAUUUAAGCAAGCUUCUAAACUCACUCCAAGCAUGCUGAGAUUGGCCAUCGAGGGCUUACAGGACAGCUUCCCAGCCAGGUUUGGAGGCAUCCAUUUUGUCAACCAGCCGUGGUACAUCCACGCUCUGUACACGGUCAUCCGACCCUUCCUGAAGGACAAAACAAGAAAAAGGAUCUUUAUGCAUGGGAAUAAUCUGAAUAGUCUACACCAGCUGAUCGUGCCAGAGAUUCUGCCCUCAGAGUUGGGUGGCAUGAUGCCCCCCUAUGACAUGGGCACAUGGGCCAGGACUCUGCUUGACCAUGCCUAUGAUGAGGAGACUGACUACUGCCCCGAGUCCUAUACCCUUUCUGUCAAAGACCUGGAGAAGGAUCUGUCCCCGAAAAGCAUGAAAAGGUCCCAGUCUGUGGUGGAGCCUGGAGUUCUUAAACGGCCAGAAAAAAUCAAAAGUGAGGAGGAGAACAUGCAGCCGCUGCUUUCGCUGGACUAAAAGGCUUUUUUUUCUCCAACAAUGAGCAAACAUCAAGGCCUGAACAGUGGGGAGGAAGAUCACCCAGUUCCCACAACUGGAGUAUAAAAAAUGUACAAAAAAAUGUUGAAAGAGAUGUAAGAUGUGCAAAGCAUCUGGAAAUACUGGGCUGAGACAGCAUUUAAAGGGAUAUUUUUGAAUCAAACAGCUAAUGGAAGACAUCCAUAUGUAAUUGUUAAGUGCCAAUUUAAACCUGUAAAUACACUUCAGCUGUAAGCGUAGGUUUCGGGAAUUAAUUGUGACAUGAAUACAAAUGUAAAGACUGCUGUGAAUAUUCUGUAUGUGCUUCAUGUAGUGAGAGCGGUGUUGUAGGGCACUGAGGGCUUUUCAUAUUUCGGUUUUCCAAAUCACCAUGUGCAAAGCUCAGGAUUUAUGGCCAUGAUUAGAACGUAAACUAGAAAGGCGUUUGGCUAUUAACCAUGUCGUACAAAUAUAUGAUGCUUUCAUUAGAGUAAAUAUUGAACAUCCAGUGUUCAGGUUUUAGUCUUUUGACUUUGCAAAAACCCCUUUACGCUGCAGCAAGGCAUAAUGGAUUACAGUUUUUUCAAAGACAUUAUUUCGGCACAGCCUGAGCUUUGCCAUUAGAGUAGGAGGAGACUGCGUAUAGCUUAGAGGGUGUUGUUGAUAUAUUUCUUUUCAAUUUCAUUUAUUUAUAGUGACAAAAUAUUCAAGACUUUUUCCAUCUUUAUUCCAGACAAAUUGCUUAAUCAAAGACUCAUAUGCCUACAAAACUUUCAUUUUAGCUAGAUAUAAUAAUGGCUAGUUUAUGUUUCUUGUAAUGAAAUAUAAAAAAAAGAAAAAGAUAAGUAUUGGCACCGUUGUAAUAGGCCAGCAUUAAUAUAUGUAGUGUAUUGUGCUCACCUGACAGCAAUGAAUCCUCGUUUCUAUUGAUUAGAUCUGUUAACAUUAGAUAAAAAUUGUGACACUGAAGAAGUGAUUUCUAAAACCAAGGAAUUGACCAUGACAGGAACAACACUUAACCAGUGGAUAUUGGCUUUUCAGUAUGGUCAGCUCAGUAAGGUUCUUUAACUGCAUUAUUUGAUUUAUUGCAGUUUCUGGCAAGUUUACAUAUGAAGUUAGACGGAGGAAAUGCAUUCAAGCUACAUUUUUGAAAAAAAAAAAAAAAAAUCCAUCUAGUACUGUUGAAAGUUUUUGGUAAAACCAUACAACAAAGGGUUUCCCUUUAUAAUUUCCCGUGGACUUUGAUAUUAUAAAUAGAACUUCUUUAAAAAGAUACAAAACCUAACCAUCUAAAGGCUAUAUUCUAUAUUGUAUAAGAUCUAUAUUGUGAACUCUAUAGUGUACACCCUUAAGGCCUAUCUGGAUGGGAUUAAAUUUACACGGGGCCCUGGAGUAAUCUCCUAUUUUACAGGUGUUCCUCUGAGACUUUAUUUCUAUCCAGAUCAGACUUGUCUGUGUUUUUCUCUGUCCUUCUCUGAGAAAAUUACAGGCCGAAUUACGAGAUACUAUUUUUCACCAAACUCAGCAGUCGUCUCAUCAUUUUAGUCCCAUCCGGAUGCACAUGUCCGUGAUUUUCUAUGCAGAGGGCACUUUGCAUUGGAAAAAAAAAGAUGUUUGACUGCUGCUACUUGCCGUAUUCACUCUAAUAGUGCAUGUAUCAGUGACUCUUCCCAAGAUACUAAACACUUCUCAAGUCACGAGUCACGAAACAAAAAAAAAUGAUGGUUAUAAAUAGUAUAAGUAGUCAGCUACAACCCUUAACCAUCUAAAGAUACCUUGAGGAACCCUAGUUUCUAAGAGUGCAGGAGCAAGGAACCUUUUUUUUUAAUAACAAGAGGCUCCUUUAACUCGAAAUUAACUUCCAUAAACCCUCCUCAAUCCUCAGUACAUUAUUUAAAUAUGUACAGUAUUAUUUUGUUUACUUAUUGGAGCUUUUCCCUGAACUUUCUACUGACCGAACACAUUAUUUAUAGGCUAUAUGUUUGGAUUAAACCACUUCAGUUCAAGGGACCAGUCAAACUGGCAAAUAUCUAUAAGAACUCAAUCAUAAAUAUCAUAACACUCAUAAUGGUGGGUUGUGAUUUCACCACUGUAAUUAAAUUAAAAAAAUCACAGACCCUCACUAUGCUUCACUGACCCUUUUUUGAGAAUCAAUGCAUUAAAGGGUUCUUUGGUUUUGUCCCUUUGGGGAAAUUCUUAAACAUUCUUCAUAAAACUGUACAAUAAAGGGUUUCCCUAUCAAGGAAAGGUUGUAAGUAGAACCUUUUAAGAGCGCUAUACCCAUUACCCAUUUAAAGAACCAUUGAGGAAAUCUUAUUUUCUAGGACUGUAGGUUUAUGUGCAGGUUUAUGUACUGGCUUUGUACAGGUGAAUUAAAUUUUGCAAAAUUUUCCAGUUUACAUUUAGGUAACUAAAUAAUAGAGCAUCUUGCCAUAAUGAUUUGGUAUAUGGUUUGGACUAUCCCUGUAAGAGACACUAAAUAUGUUCCCACAUCUGCAGAAGUUUCUGGGUUUACUGGUUGUUCUUCUCUAAGUGAUUCAAAAUAAGCAGGACUCACCUAAUUGAGUAAGUUGUUUGGCAUUAAAUUUGCAUCGAGCAGUCUUAGUCUUCAUCACCAAAGUUCUUAAUUUGGUUUCUCCACUUAAAAAUUGAAAGCUAAUUCAGAGUGAAUUAAGAUUUGGUAUAUGCAGUGUAUCUUAAUGUAUGAUAGUCCUGGCCCUAGAGUUCAGUGCUUUCCCUGAAGAUGGUUUAAGACUAUGGUCCUUGAUGAUUCACAUGUGUACAUUGAAUUGAUGAAACUCAGAAAUAGAAACUGGAACUAUUGGAUUAAGCAUUUGCUGACACAUCAAGAAAAACAUAAAAUUUUGCUGUACAGGAGGAAUCCAGGAACAGACUUGUAAAGUAUCUUAUACUGCAUAUACAAUAGGAAAAAAAAAUGAAGAAUGAUAAAUUAAGAUACUGUUAGCUUUACCUGCUCAUUUCAUGCAUCAUCAAAAUCUGAUCAGUUUGUAAAACCGGCUUCUGGUAUCUUCUGCAACCAGCUUGUUGUGUUGUUGUUUGCUUUCAGUUGUUUUAUACAAAAAACAAAAAUUGUAAAAUUAAAAAUCGCAAAAUGUUCCUUAAGACACCAACUUUGGCAGUUAUAGACCUUGAGCAUUAUGACGUAAUGUAUUAGGAUGGGGUUUGCUUGGCAAAUGUGGCUCGGACAGAUGACAUCUACAAUACUAAAAACGGCGACAGUGCUUCUCAGACCACCUGAAAUGGUUUGAACAAGUUUUUAAAUGCUGUACAUGCAUUUUUAAGUAAUAAUCCCUAUCUAGGUAUAAAUUCUGGAUAUAAAUUGGGGAUCAGAGGUAAGACUGUUGGUUGCAAUUUAAAUGCAGCAGACUUGACAAGACAAAUUUGACUUCGAUUUAGACCAAGCCAUGUACGUAGGUUCUCAUUUUUGCAUGUAAGACUUUUGACUAGAGUAUUCUAAGCCUACAGUCAUAUUCUGGUGAACUUUUGGCAUAUAGAGUAUGGCAUAUUGGCUGAUAAAUAUCAUAUUGCUAUUUUGUUUUCUAAUCUAUAGCCAGACAGUAUUAUUUCCUGUCUUAUUUCCUGUUAAAAUCUGGAAUAUUUGUACCAAGAAAGUAAAGUUGAUAUGGAUUCGGUCCUAGUAUCACUGUCAGAACCAGUGGUUUAAGAUAUCGCUAAGUUGUCAUUUAUACUUUAACUCUUGCACCUGAAAUAAGCACUGGGAAUGUUUUUUAAAUUGUUUCCAUUUCAAGCCUUGUUUUCUAUGAGCACUCAUGUGAGUACAAUGUAUUGCCAGUACAACCAAAGCUACCCCAAUCACCGAAACAAAGAAUAGUUCCCUGCUUUUUUAAACACACCUUGCUGUAGGAAUAUUUCAGUAUUUCUUGUGUACUCAAAGCGUUUUUUCUUUUCAAAAUUGCCAAUUUAACUUGCAUAUCAUCUUGAUUGUAUAUAUAAUGAUGAUGAUUAUAAUAAUGAAAGACCCCAUACAGUGUGCUGAUGAUAUUAGACAGGAAACCACCUGUGAUUUAAAGGGAAGUGUUCAACAGGUUGUUAUAUAAGUGUAUAUGUUGUUACAAACAAAAUGCUGAAAUAAGUUAUGUAACUGAAACAGAAGUACGAAUAGAACAACCAAUAAAUAUUGACACAUCUUA